UUCCAUGGAGUCUCAAUGACCCACUAUUUCACAGACAACUGGGAGAACAUCCAAAACUUCCAGGCCAGGCCAGAUGAUAUACUCAUUGCAACAUACCCCAAAGCAGGAACCACGUGGAUUUCCUACAUCCUUGACCUGCUGUAUUUUGGUCAGACAGAGCGUCAGAGAACCGUUCCAAUCUUUGACAGAGUGCCUUUCUUGGAGAUUUUCAUCCCGUCUUUGAUUUCAGGAAAAGACAUGGUGGACAACCUCCCCACCUCUCCUCGACUCAUUAAGACUCAUUUUCCAGUCCAGUUUGUGCCAAAGUCCUUUUGGGAGCAAAACUGCAGGAUGGUCUAUGUGGCCCGCAAUGCCAAAGACAAUGUGGUGUCUUAUUUUCACUUUGAUCGCAUGAACAUGGCUCACCCUGAGCCUGGAGACUGGAGCAACUAUGUCCAGAGAUUCAUGGAGGGAAAGAUUGUAUGGGGAUCCUGGUACAACCAUGUGAACGGCUGGUGGAAGAAGAAGCAGAGUUAUCCAAAACUCCAUUACAUGUUCUGUGAAGAUAUGGUCGAGGACACUGGACGGGAAGUAGACAAACUGUGCAGCUUUCUUGGUUUGACUCGUUCAGACGAGGAGAAGAAAAGAGUUGCAGGUGGAUCACAGUUUGAUAAUAUGAAAAAGGACGACAUGGCCAACUAUUCACUGCACCCAGUAAUGGAUUUCAGAGUCUCUCACUUCAUGAGAAAAGGUAAAGUUGGUGACUGGAAGAACCAUUUCACUGUUUCCCAGAAUGAAGAGUUUGAUGAAGACUACAAGAAAAAGAUGACGGACCCCACACUUCAGUUCCGCACUGAAAUUUGAACAAGACUGGACAGGCUGUGUGUAUGUGG